AUGACGGACUACCGAUGGUGCGUGAUCCCUGGCACAGACACGGUGCUCGCCCCGUCGGUGCAGCACCGCGAAACGGUAUCAAAUCGAAUUCGGCUUUUUGGCAUGCCGAAGGGCUUUCCGGAAACGACCGCCGCAGGGUUUCAGCGGUUUUUCUACCUGUCCCUGACAAGCUCCUUUGUAUCCAACUUCGCUUCCUCGAUCGGGUAUCAGUCGCUACUGAGCGGCUUCUUCCUCGGUUCCUCGCCGCAGCUGUGGAUGCUGAAGGACCUCGUCCCUGCCCUGUUCGCGGCCUACAUGGCGAACAAAGUUGUCUCCUACGAGAACCGGCCCAAGUUUUGGUUCGUCGUGAGCGUGUUCAUGAGCAACUUGAUGGUUAUAUCGGACAUGCUCAUUCCGUCUGUGCUGCCGAACCACCUCCUCGCUGCCGCCAUCAUCACGUCGACCGUGAAGCAGUCCUCGGCUCUCAUGUACUUUGUGACGCGCGCCUCGGCACUCCAGCAUUACGCCAUCAACAAUAACCUCGCCGAGCUGACGAAGAAGUUCAACUCUUUCGGCAUGGUAUCCUACACGGUGGCGACAGCGCUCGGUAUCCUGUACUGCACCUACAUAGCGAGUUUCACGGUGCAGCUCAUCACGGUUGCCGCCUGCUGUGUGAUGAACAUGUUUCUCUCCUCCAUGUCCAUGAUGCCUAUCACGUUUCGCUUGCUGAACUUCGACACAAUGAAGCUGCUGCUUCGCGCCUUCAUCCUGGAAAAACGCCGCGUCAUGACGCCACAGGAGAUAUCGAAUUUGCUUGGCGUGCGCAUGUUGCCGACCCAUGCACUGAAGAAGGCUGGCAUUGCCAUGGAUGUGGCUACGCAGCUCGUGUACGUUAGCCCGCCAGUGAACAAACUGCUGAUUAGGUCCGACACACUGGAGGAGGAUGUGCUGUACGUGAACAACGACCACAUGUUCAUGCUUGCUAUGUGGAAGCCAUCCCCGCUGCCGCUGACACUGAGGGAGUGCUGGCAGCGCCACGAGUUCCCGCCGUGGCCCCGCUUGUUCCGGAAAGCCAGCUGGCGGCGCCGCUCACAGGAGGAUCUCGAUAUGGAGGAGAAGUUCGGCAGUCGCCGCCUGGUGCUGUUGGUACAUCAGAAGUGCACCGCCAAGCAGCUCAUUGCGGCGUAUCUCAUCAUGUACACGGCUGUGUUGCAGCACGCAGACACAGAGGAGGAGCUGCGCCACUUUGUGCGCACAUGCCACGGUGAGCAAGAACUGUGGCAUCUCCGUGGGGAGGAGUUCAGCAAGAUGCUGCUGGCUGCUGACUGGGACGUGCGCCGACCGCUCCUGGACCACCACAACUUCCGCAUGUCAGAGCUCAUUUUACCGCCCUCCAUGCGGCGCACCGUGAAGGGCUGUGCGUCAUAG